GACCCCUGCCAAUGACCCUCUGAGCGCAAUGCCGCAGACGGAUGCUGGCUGAGGACUUCGUGGAUCACCGCCUUCUUUCACAAUGCUUGCCGCCGAUAAGACACGCGGCGUCACCUACAAAAUCGGCUUUAUUGGCUGCGGAAACAUGGCACGCUCUCUGGCUGAGGGAAUGCUGUUAUCUGGUCAGGUUGUAACAGGCCACAUUAUAGCGUCAGCAACACGCGAAAGCUCUGAAAACCUGAAGAAAAUGAAGGCUCUAGGAGUGACAACAACAGCACACAAUAGAGACGUGAUCCUCAACUCUGAUGUGAUAGUUCUGGCAACCAAGCCCCAACAGAUCCUGGACAUCACAACUGAGAUACAAGCCUCGAUAUCUGACUCUCAGUCUCAAACUCAUCUGCAGCCAUAUACUGCUAGCGCCAAGAACUGGAGACCCCUCAUUGUGUCUGUGGCAGCAUCUAUCACUAUCUCCGACUUGGAGGAAAAGAUAUCAAUGAGUAAGGGAGGUUCUCCAGUUGCCAGCCCUCUGCCAGUUAUAAGAAGUAUGCCAACUGUUGCUAGCAGUGUGGGUGCUGGAAUCACUGCAUAUUGCAGUGGCAACUCAUGCAAUGAGGUUGAUGUAAAGCCAUUUGUCAAACUCUUCUCUCUGUGUGGGCCUGUAGUAGAGGUACCUGAGAAGUAUCUCGAUGCUAUAACUUCUGUCAGUGGCUGUGGAAUUGCCUUUGCUGCAGUAGGUCUUGAGGGAAUGGCAGAUGGUGCAGUACUAUCUGGCCUACCCAGACAAAUUGCUCAAAAGUUUGCAGCACAUGCCAUGAUGAGUGCGGCAAAACUAGUACUCCAUAAAGGCCUGAAUCCAGCUGAUAUCAAGGACAGUGUUUGUGGGCCAGGUGGGGCCACAAUGUAUGGGAUCCAGAAGAUGGAGGCCAAGGGAACUCGAGGGGCCUUUAUCGAUGCGGUUAUGGCGUCAACUGUAAUAACCAGCAGAGUGCUUAAACCAAAGUUGUAGCUUUGCCAUCAUGAUUGUGUAUAUGAUGCGCCCUUGUUUUCGGAAUGUACUCCCUCCCUGUCCAUUGGCUUUUAUCACCGUAUUGACCAUUCCUUUGUGAGAAGGGAAAAAAAUAUCCUCAUUCCUCUGUCAUGUCCCAGUAGGUGUGCCACA